AUGACGGGAAGGAAAAGAAAGACAAGUGAGAUUCCAGACGAAAGAACAAUUGACAUUAGUGAGAAUCAAAAUGGCGAUGAAGUUCAUGAACUUCCGGCAUCUUCGGAGAGAGCAAUUCAUAACGAGGCUGGGCGGAAGUCAACAAAUGAAACCAAAAUAGACUCGCUGAGCCAAGCAAUUGAUACAAUACAACAAUCUCUUCUGUCACUUACAAAUGUUGUCAGCAAGUUACAACAGCAAAAUCCUAACCAGAGUACACCGACAUCGGAACCGGACCGUGUUAAUUUACCAUCGGGCUCUCGUGUUCCAUCGGAUUCGGUCCCGUAUGUCGAGACUGUGUCCACAAACCUCAGGAACAACAUUAUACAAGAUGACAAAAUUCAGAGAAGUAGCUCCAGCAGCAGCAGCAAUGCCAGUACCAGUACCAUCCUUGAAAGAAUUAAUCCUGUAUUAGAGAAAGAGUCUAGGGACUUAUGCGAAUCUUCAAUCAGCGACAAUACAAGGAGGGCAUACAGGACAGGAUUUACAGUAUAUUGCCAGUUCCUUUCAUCGAUUGGAAUAGAAGCGCCUAAUUAUAAUCCACCAAAGAUCUCAGAACAAACCCUUAUUUACUUUGUUACACAUUGCUGCAAUUCCCUAAAACUAACGUACAAUACCAUCAAAUUGUAUCUUGCAGCUGUGAGAUUCCAUUAUGUGAAGGCUGGUAUUUCUAAUCCUCUAUCAUCAGAUGAAUCGUGUGCAAGGUUGCAAACAGUGUUGAGGGGAAUUCAAAAACAACAAAGUUCUAAACAGAAAAGGAGGCCCAUUACAUACAGUGUUUUGAUCCAAAUUCAAAAUGUCUUACAGCGGGGUAUGUUCGGUUAUUUCCUAGAUACCAUGCUGCAAGCUGCUUGUUCUCUAGCAUUUUUCGCAUUCCUUCGAUGCGGGGAAUUCACUGUGAACGAUAUAAAUCAAGACAACCUAUUGUGUGUGGAAGAUGUCGUCAUGGAUCGAAACUACAAAGCUUAUACUAUCACGCUUAAACGAUCUAAAACAGACCCUUUUCGUACAGGAAUUCAGAUCCAUUUAUUUCAGUCAGACCAAACCGUGUGUCCAGUGAAAUCCAUGUUAAAAUAUUUAAACCUUCGAAGAAAGUGGUACAACUGUGUCAUGUCUUCAGCCUUAUUUACGGAUGAAAGUGGAAAUCCAUUAUCAAGUCACUUUUUCAUUACCAAACUAAAGCAGAUACUCAAAUUGCUGGGUUUGGAUGACGAGAAUUUCAAUGGCCACUCUUUCAGAAUAGGAGCUGCUACCUCUGCUGCCGGUGGCCAAGUAGAAGACCACUUGAUCAAAACCUUGGGUAGAUGGAGCUCAGACUGUUACACCAGGUACAUUCGUUCCGAUGAUCAAACUUUGUCACGUGCACAAAAGGCAAUGUGUUGUCAAAAAACUGUGUAAAAAAGACUAGCUGUAUGUUUAAGGCAGUUGUGUAUGUAAAUGUAAUAGAUCAGUUAAGCAUGCAAUUUAACAUUUUAUGUUCACAUCAUGUUGUGUAUUUGGUUUGUUUUCACAAAUUUGGAGCGGAUUGUUAAACAAUGAACAGUUAUGUACAUAUGUAGUUUUAUAAGUGAAUGUAACUUUACAUUUUAUUUUAUCUCAUGUUCAUAAUACGGGUUAAGUUGGAAUUCAAGAAGAUGAAUUUGCUUUGUAUCUAUGUUCAUUGGAUUUUAUAAUUUUUGAUAUCAGAUCAAGAGUGGUGGUGUUUGAUAAUUCCUUUUGGGGCUCUCAGCUAUUAUAUUGACAUUAUAAUAACUUCAUUUGGGCAUUUCACACUUGGUCAAGUGUGUUAUUUAACCCCAAAAGAAAUUUUGUUUAUUGUAAAUCCAUGUUAGAUCCACUUUUACACACGCACACAGGCCAUCGGCUGCAUUCAUUUCACUGUCUCAAGGCCAUCGGCCAUUUACAUGCAUGCAAGGCCAUCGGCCUAACUCACUCAUGGCCAUCGGCCUCACACUGUCACUAGGCCAUCGGCCUCACAUACAUGGGGGCCUGCAGCCCACCACACAUACAAGCCAUCAGCUACCAUAUUCGGCCAUCGGCCUAAUACACAUUGCAUUUACUCAUUAACAAUGCCUGGUUGUAUCAGGCACGUUGCCUGAUAAUUAGUGUAAAUAUCUAGAGUACUGUAAAUACAUUGUUUGCGUGUGUAAUUUUUCAUUAUAGUUUGUUGCAAUUUUAUAAUAGCUGAGUAGUUACCAAAAGGCAAUUUGAAUAAAUUUGUAAAUGUCA